AUGUAUUUGGACGAGCAUUGUGUGGAGAUACCUGAUGAUGUCAACUCAACGGACUUUUAUGUGCUUCACUGGUGGAGAGACAAUCAAUACAAGUAUAAAGUGCUUUCACAAAUGGCAGUCGAUAUCUUAGCAAUUCCUAUUACAACAGUGGCUUCAGAGAGCGCAUUUAGUGCGGGUAAUAGAGUGAUUGACCCGUACAGGAUCUUACUUUUCCAAUGGGAUUUUGACAAGAUUGAGCUAUGUAUCACAACAGUGGCUUUAGAGAGCGCAUUUAGUGCGGGUAGUAGAGUGAUUGACCCGUAUAGGUCAACUCUAUCUCCAGAAACAGUUAACAUGCUUAUGUGUGGAGCUGAUUGGAUGAGAACACGUUAUAAUAUGAAAAAACAAGAUGAAUUGAAGUUGAAAACGAGAUUGCUGAGAUUAUCUUGUCAGAUAAAUUAUGACUGGGUAAAUAGGUCAAUAUUUGAUUUUGAGUCUAUUAAGAAGCUGCUUUCAUCCCCUAAGUUUACAUUCUGCUAUGAUGCUCUUCAUGGAGUUGCUGGUGCCUAUGCAAAACGUAUUUUUGUGGAAGAGCUUGGUGCAAAAGAAAGUUCAUUAUUAAACUGUGUACCCAAGGAGGACUUUGGUGGUGGGCAUCUAGAUCCAAAUUUGACUUAUGCCAAGGAACUGGUUGCUCGUAUGGGUCUGGGCAAAACUCCUUCUCAAGAUCCACCAGAAUUUGGUGCUGCCGCUGAUGGUGAUGCAGAUCAUAACAUGGUCCUUGGUAAAAGGUUUUUUGUUACUCCCUCAGAUUCGGUUGCCAUCAUUGCUGCAAAUGCAGUUGAAUCCAUAUCCUAUUUUUCUGCUGGUUUGAAGGGAGUUGCCAGAUUCGCCACUUUACUUCAUCAGUGCCUGGGUUCCAUAAAACGGGGCUCCAGCAGGGAGAUAGCUCUAGCAUCUCAGGCCAUUGGCUUGUUGGCUUUGACUGUUGGCUUUGGUGACAAUGCGCGGGAAAUAUUGGAUGAAUCAGUCACUCCAAUUUCACAGGCUCUAAAGGCAGGGUCUGAGUCCUUGAAGACAGUAGCACUGCUCGGGUGUUUGGCUAUCAUAACAUUUGUUGGUGGAAAUGAUCUAGAGGAAACAGAAAGAUCAAUGGAAAUUAUGUGGCAACUUGUUCAUCCAAAGCUGGGUUCUAAUGUACUUAUCAUAUGCUUGCUGUGUGUAGUUUGAUGGCAUAAUUUACACAUGAA